AUGGAAUACCUUCUAAAGUGGAAGGGUUUCUCAGGUGAGGACAACACUCGGGAGCCAGAAGAGAAUCUGGAUUGCCCUGACCUUAUGGCUGAGUUUCUACAGUCACAGAAAAUAGCUCAUGAGACAGAUAAAUCAGAGGGAGGCAAGCGCAAAGCUCAUUCUGAUUCUGAAGAUAAAGGAGAAGAAAGCAAACCAAAGAAAAAGAAAGAAGAGUCAGAAAAGCCACGAGGCUUUGCCCGGGGUUUGGAGCCAGAGCGGAUUAUUGGAGCCACUGACUCCAGUGGAGAACUCAUGUUCCUGAUGAAAUGGAAAAACUCUGAUAAGGCUGACCUGGUCCCUGCCAAGGAAGAUAAUGUUAAGUGCUCACAGGUUGUUAUAUCCUUCUAUGAGGAAAGACUAACGUGGCAUUUACCCCUCGGAGGAUGA